UAUAAGAGUCAUUACAAAGGGCUACUCUCGUCAGCGUGUCUUCUUCCUUAGCUCGGUUAUCUAACAAUUGGAUGGAUGGAUCAUCCAAUCUCUUCCACCUGUAAACAAAUUUGAAUUUGAAUUCGAAUUCCUCAUCUGAACGAACUUCAACAUCAAAUCUCUAGUUACUUUCAUCACUUUACAAUCAGAAAACCUUUCAACUUCCAUCCAGAUCGUCAGCUACGAUCUCUGAGAGAACAAAUGUCGUUCGUGUUUGGACUCGUUAUCGGAAUCACAGUUGGCCUCGCUUUAAUCGUCCUCUUUGUUCGUUCUGAAAAUGCUCGAUCUAAACGCCGCACAGUACUUGCGAGAACUGUAGCGGCUUUUGCACGGAUGACUCUAGAAGAUUCUAGAAAGCUUCUCGCACCUGAUUACUAUCCAUCUUGGGUCGUUUUCUCACAGCGACAGAAGCUGAAGUGGCUUAAUCAGCAUUUAACGAAGAUCUGGCCAUACGUUAACGAGGCAGCAUCUGAGCUUAUAAAAGCUAAUGUGGAACCGAUUUUAGAACAGUAUAGACCAAUUGUAUUGUCGUCCUUGAAAUUUUCGAAGCUCACUCUUGGAACUGUAGCGCCACAAUUCACAGGGAUCCAAGUUAUUGAAGAUAAUAGUGGCGGAAUUUCAAUGGAGUUGGAGAUGAAUUGGGAUGGAAAUCCUAAUAUAGUACUUGAUAUUAAGACUAGAGUCGGAGUGGGGCUGCCUAUACAAGUUAAAGAUCUGGGAUUCACUGGUGUGUUCAGACUGAUCUUUAAACCUCUUGUUGACGAGUUCCCCUGUUUUGGUGCUGUGUGUUACUCCUUAAGAGAAAAGAAAAAGCUGGAUUUCAAACUCAAAGUUGUUGGUGGUGAUGUAUCAGCAAUACCUGGUCUAUUUGAUUCUAUUGAGGGAAUGAUCAAGGAUGCAAUUGAAGAUACCAUCACAUGGCCAGUCCGAAAAAUUAUCCCAAUUAUCCCUGGUGAUUAUAGUGAUCUAGAGUUGAAACCUGUUGGAGUUUUGGAGGUGAAACUUGUGCAAGCAAAAGACUUGACAAAUAAGGAUAUUAUAGGGAAGUCUGAUCCUUUCGCAGUGGUAUAUAUCCGUCCCCUGCCUGAUAGAAUGAAGACGAGCAAAAUAAUUAACAACGAAUUGUGUCCAGUCUGGAAUGAGCACUUUGAGUUUAUUGUUGAAGAUGAUACCACACAACACUUGGUAGUAAAAGUUUAUGAUGAUGAAGGACUUCAGGCAGCUGAAUUAAUUGGAUGUGCUCAAAUAAAACUGAAUGAACUGGUUCCUGGUAAAGUGAAGGAUGUGUGGUUGAAAUUAGUCAAAGAUUUGGAGGUUCAGAGAGAUAACAAAAACAGGGGUCAGGUCCAUCUGGAGUUAUUGUACUGCCCUUUCAGCAUGAAGAAUUCCGAAUUCGUCAACCCAUUUGGAUCGAAGUAUUCAAUGACAUCACUAGAGAAAAUUCUUAAAGAUGGUGCAGAAAGGAAUGAAAUCAAUGGAAAUGGAAAGGAGACCGAUCGAAAGAAGGACGUGAUUGUGAGAGGUGUACUUUCUGUUACUGUAAUAUCUGCAGAUGACUUGCCACCUGCUGACCUAAUGGGGAAGGCUGACCCUUAUGUUGUGGUAACCAUGAAGAAAACAGGAUCAAAGAACAAAACCAGGGUUGUGAAUGAUAGUUUGAAUCCGAUAUGGAAUCAAACUUUUGAUUUUGUCGUAGAGGAUGGAUUACAUGAUAUGCUUCUUCUCGAAGUCUGGGAUCAUGACACCUUUGGGAAGGACUACAUGGGGAGAUGCAUUUUAACCUUGACAAGGGUUUUACUGGAAGGUGAAUAUAAAGAGUCAUUUGAGUUAGAAGGAGCGAAAUCAGGAAAGUUAAACUUGAAUCUUAAGUGGGUAUCUCAAUCAAUUUAUCGCGAUUCUUAUUAGAGGCUGUUGCUGGAUUUCAUCUGUACAACAACAAACUUUGAAAUUAUAUUUUGCCUUUUUUUGUCAAACAAGGCCGCUACUAUUUUACAUCUAUAUAAUGUUGUUGUGUAUUCAUUCUAGUGUGUACAUACCAUAUUUAGCCUAAACUUAGAACAACUGUUAUUCUCACAAAUGGCCAAUAAGGGGCUUUGAUGAAACCAAUAUUCCAAGUGAAAUUUCAGUUUUUUCCCAGAGAGGUUUAUUAUUUUUAU